UCAUUUUCUCGAGCCUCACAGGACGAUCUCUGAGCGUGCGUGCGUUCGACGAUCCACCGGUGCCUGCGCGACGUGUCGCGUCAUUUAUCGAUCCCGGCGCUGAAUUGAUCUUGCCACACCCCAUCGUGGCCAUUUUGGGCACGACAGUCGGUGAACUACUUUGAACAGAAUCAUGGAUCAGAUCACGCCGAAGGAGGUGAAGAUCCUGGAGAAUCCGGAGGAUAUCCAGGAGAGGCGAGAGCAGGUAUUGGGACGCUACGCCAACUUCAAGUCAGAGGCACGUAAUAAGCGUGACAAGCUCGAGGACUCCCGUCGCUUUCAGUACUUUAAGCGAGAUGCGGAUGAACUUGAGGGCUGGAUCUAUGAGAAGCUCCAAGCGGCCUCGGACGAGAGUUACAAGGAUCCGACCAAUCUGCAGGCGAAAAUUCAAAAGCACCAGGCCUUUGAAGCGGAGGUUGCCGCUCAUUCAAACGCGAUCGUGUUGCUCGAUAAUACUGGCUCCGAGAUGAUAACGCAACAUCAUUUUGCCAGUGACAUAAUUCGCAAAAGAUUGGAGGAACUGCAUCGCCUAUGGGAAUUGCUGCUGUCUCGUUUAGCUGAUAAAGGUCUGAAGUUGCAGCAGGCCUUGGUCCUCGUGCAAUUUAUUCGUCACUGCGACGAGGUGAUGUUUUGGAUUCACGACAAGGAGGCCUUUGUAACGACCGAUGAAUUUGGACACGACUUGGAACAUGUGGAGGUACUGCAAAGAAAAUUCGACGAGUUCCAGAAGGACAUGGCCAGCCAAGAGUACAGAGUUACUGAAGUGAACGAACUGGCCGACAAGUUACUGCUGGAUGGGCAUCCCGAACGCGAUACCAUUUUGCGUAGGAAGGAGGAGCUCAACGAGUCCUGGCAGAGAUUAAAGCAAUUGGCCACAUUGCGGCAAGAAAAGCUCUUCGGGGCGCACGAGAUCCAGAGAUUCAAUCGCGACGCCGACGAGACUAUGGCUUGGAUCGCAGAGAAAGAUGUUGUCCUCUCGUCCGACGAUUUCGGUCGAGAUCUCGCCAGUGUGCAAACCUUGCAACGAAAACACGAGGGCAUCGAGCGUGACUUGGCUGCGCUGGAAGAUAAAGUGUACACCCUGGGCGCGGAAGCCGAUCGUCUCGCCGCGAUUCACGAGGCCGAUCACUCCAGGCAGAUUCAGGCUAAACGCGCCGAGAUCUUGCAAUCGUGGGAGAGCCUCACCGCGAAAGCGAAAGAGCGACGCCUGAAACUUGACGAAUCUUACUACCUGCAUCGUUUCUUGGCUGAUUAUCGCGACCUGGUGUCAUGGAUGAACGACAUGCGUGCCAUCAUUUCCGCGGACGAGUUGGCUAAGGAUGUAGCCGGCGCCGAGGCUUUGGUGGACAGACACCAGGAGCACAAGGGAGAAAUCGAUGCUAGAGCCGACAGUUUCGACGCGACCACGUUAGCUGGUAAUAAACUCUUGGAGAAGAAGCACUACGCUGCCGAGGAAGUGGCGCGAAAAUUGAACUCUCUCGCUGACGACAAGUCGUCCCUCUUAAGCUUGUGGGAGAAGCGACGUAUCUUGUACGAGCAGUGCGUAGACUUGCAGUUGUUCUACCGAGACACCGAACAGGCGGAUGCUUGGAUGGCAAAGCAAGAAGCGUUUCUGGCUAACGAAGACUUGGGAGAUUCUCUGGACAGCGUGGAGGCGCUCAUUAAGAAACACGAGGACUUCGACAAGUCCUUGGCAGCUCAGGAAGAGAAGAUCAAAGUGCUCGAUGAUUUUGCCGGGAAACUGAUUGAAGGCGAACACUAUGCUGCAGAUGACGUGGCGCAACGACGGCAACUGCUAUUAGAACGACGCGCCAUUCUGCUCGAGAAAUCGGCUCAAAGACGCCGUCGUUUGGAAGACGCGUACAAGUUGCAGCAGUUUGAAAGAGAUUGCGACGAGACGAAAGGUUGGGUCAACGAGAAGCUCAAGUUUGCCACUGAUGACAGCUAUUUGGAUCCUACGAAUUUGAAUGGUAAAGUUCAGAAGCAUCAGAAUUUCGAACAGGAAUUAAAUGCAAACAGGACGCGUAUGGAGGAGAUGGUAGCUACCGGCCAGGAAUUGAUCGAUGGUGAUCAUUAUGCCAGCGAUCGCAUACGCACCCGUACGGAGGAGAUUGUGACGCUGUGGGAAAGCUUAGCGCGGGCUACCGAGAAGAAAGGUGCAAAGUUGCAGGAAGCUUCUCAGCAGCAACAGUUCAACCGAACAGUAGAGGACAUCGAGCUCUGGCUCUCGGAGGUGGAGGGACAACUCAUGUCGGAGGACUGUGGCAAGGAUUUGACCAGCGUCCAGAAUUUGCAAAAGAAACAUGCGCUGCUAGAGGCUGACGUGACCUCUCACGCGGAUAGGAUCGACAGUAUCACUCAAGCGGCCGAACAGUUCGUCAAGUCGGGUCACUUCGACGCUGAUAACAUCAAAACCAAGCAGGAACAACUGCAAACCAGAUAUGCCGCCCUGCAGCGUCCCAUGAGUAGCAGAAAGCAACGACUCCUGGACUCCCUUCAAGUGCAGCAACUAUUCAGAGACAUCGAGGACGAAGAAGCGUGGAUUCGUGAGAAGGAACCGGUCGCGGCGUCCACUAAUCGUGGCCGCGAUCUGAUCGGCGUGCAGAAUCUGCAAAAGAAGCAUCAAGCUGUGCUGGCUGAGAUUAACAAUCAUGAGCCGAGAGUGGCUGCGGUGUGCCAAGCGGGUUCAACGAUGUUACAAGAAGGACAUUUCGCCGCUGAGGAAAUUAAUAACCGAUUGACAGCUUUGGACGAGCAUUGGGGACAAUUGAAGGACAAGGCGCGCCAACGCAAGAAUGACUUGGACGACUCUUUGCAGGCACAUCAGUAUUUCGCCGACGCGAACGAAGCCGAGUCUUGGAUGAAGGAGAAACGCCCUAUAGUGAUGAAUGGCGACUAUGGUAAGGACGAGGACAGUUCUGAGGCUCUUUUGAAGAAGCACGAGGCUUUAGUCAGCGAUCUGGAAGCAUUCGCGAGCACCAUCGCAGCACUGAGAGAUCAAGCUGCGGCGUGCAGACAGCAAGAGACUCCUACGGUCGAUAUCACCGGCAAGGAGUGCGUCGUCGCUCUCUAUGAUUACACCGAGAAAUCUCCCAGAGAAGUGUCUAUGAAGAAGGGCGACACCUUGACUCUUCUCAACUCCAAUAACAAAGAUUGGUGGAAAGUCGAAGUGAAUGAUCGUCAAGGUUUCGUGCCAGCGGCAUACGUGAAACGUGUAGAACCAGAAGCCGGCCUCAGCGCAUCCCAACAGAACUUGGCUAGGGAACAAAGUUCCAUUGCCGCGCGACAAGCGCAGAUCGAGGGGCAGUACGAUGAUCUAUUGCGUCUGGCACGUGAACGUCAGAACAAGCUCAAUGAAACGGCCAAGGCUUACGUACUGGUGAGAGAAGCCGCGGAGUUGGCUACUUGGAUCAAGGACAAGGAGAAUCACGCGCAGGUGCAGGAUGUGGGCGAGGAUCUUGAGCAAGUAGAGGUCAUGCAGAAGAAAUUCGACGACUUCCAAGCCGACCUCAAAGCGAACGAAGUGCGCCUGGCCGAGAUGAAUGAAAUCGCCGUGCAGCUGAUGAGUCUCGGACAGACCGAAGCGGCACUGAAGAUCCAGACGCAGAUUCAGGAUCUGAAUGAAAAGUGGACCAGCCUGCAAACGCUCACGGCAGAACGUGCCAAUCAGCUCGGCUCCGCUCACGAGGUGCAACGUUUCCAUCGCGACGUUGACGAAACGAAGGAUUGGAUUCGUGAGAAGGACGCGGCAUUGAAUAACGAUGAUCUCGGCAAGGAUUUGCGGAGCGUUCAAGCCUUGCAGCGGAAACAUGAAGGUCUAGAGAGAGAUUUGGCAGCUUUAGGAGACAAGAUCAAGCAGCUCGACGAGACGGCCAACCGCUUGAUGCAAUCACAUCCAGAAACCGCUGAGCAGACAUACGCCAAACAGAAAGAGAUCAACGAAGAGUGGACUCAACUGACAGCCAAAGCCAAUAGCAGAAAGGAGAAACUUCUGGACUCUUACGAUCUGCAACGAUUCCUCAGUGAUUAUCGCGACCUGAUGGCCUGGAUUAAUUCGAUGAUGGGCUUGGUAGCUUCCGAGGAACUCGCAUCAGACGUUACGGGCGCCGAAGCACUGCUCGAGCGUCAUCAGGAGCACAGAAUGGAGAUAGAUGCUCGGGCAAGUACUUUCCAGACGUUCGAAAUGUUCGGGCAGCAACUAUUACAAUCUAGCCACUAUGCCAGCGUGGAGAUAAUGGAGAAACUCGAUUCUAUGACCGAAGCGCGACAAGAACUGGAGAAGGCUUGGAUUCAACGGCGCAUGCAGCUUGAUCAGAACCUGGAAUUGCAGCUGUUCUGUCGGGACUGCGAGCAGGCGGAGAAUUGGAUGAGCGCACGAGAGGCUUUCCUUAGCAGUGCGGAUGCAGUGGACAGCAGUGACAAUGUUGAGGCUCUCAUUAAGAAGCAUGAAGAUUUCGAUAAAGCGAUCAACGCUCACGAGGAGAAGAUUGCUACCUUACAGACUCUCGCUGAUCAGUUAAUCGCUGCCGAACAUUAUGCCGCUAAACCUAUCGAUGAAAGACGAUGCCAAGUGCUCGAUCGCUGGCGACAUUUGAAAGACGCUCUGAUCGAGAAACGCUCGAGGCUGGGCGAAUCUCAGACCCUGCAGCAAUUCUCUCGAGACGCGGAUGAGAUGGAAAAUUGGAUCGCUGAAAAGCUUCAGCUAGCUACCGAAGAAAAUUACAAAGAUCCGGCUAAUAUACAGUCAAAACAUCAGAAACAUCAGGCUUUCGAAGCCGAAUUGGCGGCUAACGCUGAUCGAAUUCAGGCGGUGCUUGCUAUGGGUGGCAAUCUGAUCGACAAGCAUCAAUGCGCUGGCUCGGAGGACGCGGUUCAGAAAAGGCUCGCGUCCAUCGCUGACCAAUGGGAAUAUCUUACGCAAAAGACCACGGAAAAAUCCAUGAAGCUGAAGGAAGCCAACAAGCAGCGCACUUACAUCGCUGCCGUGAAGGAUCUUGAUUUCUGGCUUGGAGAAGUCGAAAGUUUGCUCACGUCCGAAGAUGCCGGUAAAGACUUGGCUUCAGUGCAGAAUCUCAUGAAGAAACAUCAACUCGUCGAGGCGGAUAUACAGGCGCACGAGGAGAGAAUCAAGGAUAUGAAUGCGCAAGCUGAUUCGCUGAUCGAGAGCGGACAGUUCGACGCUGCCGGUAUUCAGGAGAAACGGCAAAGCAUAAACGAGCGCUAUGAGCGAAUCAGAAAUCUAGCGGCACACAGACAGGCAAGACUCAACGAAGCCAACACUUUACAUCAGUUCUUCCGUGACAUCGCCGAUGAGGAGUCUUGGAUCAAAGAAAAGAAACUUCUUGUCGGAUCGGACGAUUACGGCCGCGACCUUACGGGCGUGCAGAACUUGAAGAAAAAGCACAAAAGAUUGGAGGCUGAACUUGGUAGUCACGAACCCGCUAUUCAAGCUGUCCAGGAAGCGGGAGAGAAGUUGAUGGACGUUUCCAACUUGGGAGUACCCGAAAUUGAGCAACGCUUGAAACUUCUCAAUCAAGCUUGGGCCGAACUGAAACAAUUAGCUGCCACCAGAGGACAGAAAUUGGAUGAGUCCUUGACAUAUCAGCAAUUCCUUGCCAAGGUUGAGGAAGAAGAAGCGUGGAUUACAGAGAAACAACAGUUACUUUCCGUUGAGGAUUACGGCGACACGAUGGCUGCUGUCCAAGGUCUCUUGAAAAAGCAUGACGCGUUCGAGACCGACUUCGCGGCUCACGGCGAACGUUGCAAGGACAUCUGCGAGGCCGGUGAGACGUUGAUCAAAGCUGGCAAUCAUCGAGCGGACGCUAUCGGCCAGAGAUGCGCGCAGCUGCGCAACAAGCUGGAGCAACUCGGUGCGCUUGCGGCUCGCAGGAAGACGCGACUGAACGACAAUUCGGCAUACUUGCAGUUCAUGUGGAAGGCCGACGUGGUCGAGUCGUGGAUCGCCGACAAGGAAACUCACGUGCGCUCUGAAGAGUUUGGCCGAGAUCUAUCCACCGUGCAGACCUUGCUCACGAAACAAGAGACCUUCGACGCUGGUCUUCACGCAUUCGAGCACGAAGGUAUCCAAAAUAUCACCUCGCUGAAGGAAAUGCUCGUUGAAUCCGGCCACGAUCAGACACCCAAUAUUCAGAAACGUCAUGCUGACGUAAUCGCUCGUUGGCAGAAACUCCUGGCUGAUUCCGACGCGAGGAAACAGCGUCUGCUGAGAAUGCAGGAUCAGUUCAGGCAGAUCGAGGAGCUCUACCUGACAUUCGCGAAGAAGGCGUCCGCCUUUAAUUCCUGGUUUGAGAACGCGGAGGAGGAUUUGACAGAUCCGGUGCGUUGCAACAGUAUCGAGGAGAUUCGCGCUCUUCGGGAGGCACAUGCGCAGUUCCAGGCUAGCUUGUCGUCAGCCGAGGCUGACUUCCAAGCCCUGGCCGCUCUGGACAGGCAGAUUAAGAGCUUCAACGUCGGACCGAAUCCGUACACGUGGUUCACGAUGGAAGCUUUAGAAGAUACUUGGCGUAACUUGCAGAAGAUAAUAAAGGAACGUGACGUCGAGCUCGCGAAGGAAGCACAGCGACAGGAAGAAAAUGAUAAAUUGCGUAAAGAAUUCGCCAAGCACGCUAAUGCCUUCCAUCAGUGGCUCGCGGAAACGAGAACAGCUAUGAUGGAGGGAUCUGGAUCUCUGGAACAGCAACUGGAAGCUACCAAGCGGAAAACUCAAGAGGUACGUGCACGUCGUCAAGACCUGAAGAAGAUCGAGGAUCUAGGAGCCAUCCUGGAAGAGCAUUUGAUUCUGGACAAUCGUUACACGGAGCACAGUACUGUGGGAUUGGCGCAGCAAUGGGAUCAGUUGGAUCAACUAGGCAUGCGUAUGCAACAUAACUUGGAGCAGCAGAUUCAGGCCCGAAAUCAAUCCGGUGUAUCUGAGGACGCACUCAAAGAGUUCUCCAUGAUGUUCAAGCACUUCGACAAGGACAAGAGUGGCCGUCUGAAUCACCAAGAAUUCAAAUCCUGCCUGAGAGCUUUGGGUUACGAUCUGCCCAUGAUGGAAGAGGGACAACCUGAUCCAGAAUUCGAGAAUAUAUUAGACAUCGUGGAUCCUAAUCGAGACGGCUAUGUGUCGUUACAAGAGUACAUGGCAUUUAUGAUCAGCAAGGAAACGGAGAACGUGCAGAGCUCAGAGGAGAUAGAAAACGCUUUCCGAGCCAUUACCGCGGCAGAUCGACCAUACGUCACGAAGGAGGAAUUAUAUGCUAACCUCACGAAGGAGAUGGCCGAUUAUUGCGUUGCCCGUAUGAAACCUUACGUAGAUCCCAAGUCGGAACGACCGAUUACAGCAGCACUGGACUAUAUUGAGUUUACACGCACCCUUUUCCAGAAUUAAUCCUGCAUUCAUAUAUAUAUACACACACAUAUGCGUAUUAUAUUAUUUUCUUAAACCUAUUAAAUUAUAACCGCAUAAAGAGCACAAGGAAAAAUUUACAUUUUUCUUUAAAAACUAUACAUGCUUGUUAUAGAUUAAUAUAUUUUAUCUCUCUAUAUACACAUAUACGAGAUAGUGGAAAGAUUGAGGUUUUAUAUUUCAUCUAGACUAACUGGCUGACAAAAAACUUGUUCAAUGUAAUCUAUUGUCUACGCAUUUUUUAAGAUGUGUCAUUUAAUGGUCUAUUAUUCUUUAAAAUGUUCAAUUAGAUCGUUCUCAAACUAUUACAUAUUUUUAUAUUAGCCAGUGUUGGUAUUCAAUGUUCUUUCUACAUUGUUCCUCGAAAUAAAAGUAUUUCUUAUGCAAUAUUUUAAUCUAUUCAAUGAAUAUGUAAAAUGCGUGCGAUAUUUACCGCGUAAUUUUCUUUCAUUAUAAAUACAAUAUUCUAUUGGUAAGUAUAUGUGUGGAUGAGAAUGUGAAAUAAAUGUUGCAGAAAUA